GUUUCCUCCUCUGCUCCGCCGCUACUGCUGCUGCCGCUGCCGAGUAUCUGAUGGAGGACACAUCUCUGCUUAGGGUUUAAAGAAACAGAGUCAGCAGCGGAACACCUGAGGCAUCAUGGACAUCCUGAAGUCACUGGGUCACCCCGAGGAACUAUACAACCUGUUCAAAUUCAAACUCGGCGGAUGCAGCUCCGUCAUGACCAAGUUGGAUCAUGAGUCCAUGAGCGAGAGCCUGCGGACCUGUUAUGUGUACUUGAACCAGACCAGCCGCAGCUUUGCAGCCGUGACUCAAGCACUGGACGGGGAGUUGAGACACGCAGUUUGUAUUUUCUACUUGGUGUUGCGAGCGCUGGACACAGUGGAGGACGACAUGACCAUCCCCCUGGACAAGAAGGUUCCCAUGCUGAAUGAUUUCCACACCUUCCUGUACCAGGAUGAGUGGUGUUUCACUGAGAGCCAGGAGAAAGACCGACAGGUUCUGAACGAUUUCCCUACGAUAUCACUGGAAUUUCGAAACCUCGCCCAGGAAUACAGAGACGUCAUCUCGGAUAUCUGCCACCGCAUGGGAGUGGGAAUGGCCGACUUCCUUGUGAAGAAAGUGGGAUCCAUGAAGGAGUGGGACCAGUAUUGCCACUAUGUGGCAGGUCUGGUUGGCAUUGGUCUGUCUCAGCUGUUCUCUGCGUCCCAGCUGGAGGAUGCUGAGGUGGGGCAGGACACCAAGCUGGCCAACUCCAUAGGCUUGUUCCUCCAGAAGACCAACAUCAUCCGGGACUAUCUAGAGGACACACAAGAGGGACGUGCCUUCUGGCCAAAAGAGGCUUGGAGUCAGUUUGCAGGUCGUCUUGAGGACCUGGCUCAACCGGAGAAGCUGGAGUCGGCUUUGUCGUGUCUCAACCUGCUGAUCACCGACGCCCUGCGACACGUCCCAGAUGUUAUCACGUACCUGUCCCGUCUCCGCAACCAAAGCGUCUUCAAUUUCUGUGCUAUUCCACAGGUGAUGGCAAUAGCUACAUUAUCAUCAUGCUACAACAACCCCAUGGUGUUCAAGGGAGUGGUAAAGGUAAGGAAUGGACAGGCUGUCACCCUCAUGAUGGAGGCCACCAACAUUAGAGCGGUGCACACCAUUAUCUCCCACCACAGCGAGGAGAUUUUACAGAAGGUCUCCCUCACUGACCCGUCACGGGACAAGACACUGCACAUCCUGGCUCUCAUCCGGGAGAAGUCCACGCUGUCACAGUCCAGCUUUCCCUCCAGGACCCACCACCUGUCGCUCAUUUACUUGUCUGCUGCCAUGCUGCUGGCCGCGCUCAGCUGGCAGUAUCUCAGCACCACUGCGACACAGGCACAGGGAACCAGUGACAUGCAGGGAAAGUGAACCUCAUCGCCCUCACCUCUCCUGGGGGCUACAGACUCAGAAAAGCCCCCUGGAGGUCUGGUUCCCCUCUCAUCAUAGAAAUCUCAAACAUAUCUUCCCUGAUUCUUCCUCGUUGUUACAGACGUUACAGCAUCAAGGAACUAUUUAGUUUUUAGGAGGUUCUGGUUGCAGGCUGAUCUAAUCACGAUGGGAACGAUAGUGAAUUGUUGUAGUCCAUUCGACAUCUAGAGUAGAAGUCUUUACACACAAUUUAGUGUGGUUAUAUUCACCAGCAUAAAUGGCACUUUGAACAGGGUGUGUUGUUGUCCGUUAAUAAUUUACGCAAAUCAUUUGUUUCUUUGUAUUUUUGAUUAGUGUGAAAUAUUUUUGCCUUUUUGUUUUGUCUUAAAUUUCAGAAUCCACAUCAAAAAAUAUAAUAGAUGCGUUAUUCAGCCGAGUAGGCUGAAUUGUUUCAAGACAAGACAACACUGCCUAUUUUUAGGCGUUUUCAGGAACAGGGUUACAAAACAGUUUUCUUUUAAUUCUCCUCAAAAUAUAUUUUUCAUGUCCAAACAAAGCUGGCUUGGUAUUUUAUACUUAAAAGUGUCUGUGGGAGACGCACCUGCCAGAGCAUUUACGAUGGAGAUGUACUGUGUAGAUCCUGCGGGGAACAUCCCAUCAACACGCUUCUGUCUGUGUUCAUUCUACUCUUUGUACUUUGACAUAGGAGAAAAAGGAAAAAGAACGGUGCGAUUUAAGGGCUGGGGUUAGGUUUAUUUAUUUAUUUAUUUAUUUAUUUAUUUAUUUAUUUAUUUAUUUAUCUAUUUAUCUAUUUAUUUAUUUAUUUCUUUAUUUCUUUAUUUAUUUCGGUCAUGACAUUUAGAUCACUCAUCACAUAACAUUGCAGUUCACACAAUAUACAUAACCGAAAGGGAAAGCGGGAGAAGCAAAGCUUAACUAGUCCCGCCCCCAUUAUCAUCAUACAUUUAAUUUCCUCUUUUUUUUUUUUUUUUUUUUUAGUGACAUUUUGACAAAGAAAACAUGUUUCAGCAUCCGGUAGCACUCAGAGAUAUAGUCUAGCUCUAGACGGUCAACUCAGACUCCAUGUGUGUCUGUACAUGUGUCCAUGAUGUUCCAUCACGCCGUCACACCGUUUCCCACAGUGUCUACAGAUUUCUGUCCCUGACCUUUGUCAUACUUUCUUUCUGUGUCAUUCUGUAUCGAUUAAUAGUCAUCUCUACAUACUUCUUUUUAAAUACAGUAAAGGAUUUUAAUGUAUUAGACAUGGGGUGUGAAUACGGGAGAAUACAAAAUGACACAAAUGUCACAAUACAUGAUUUAUGUUUAUUGAGACGUCUAGCUGAAGUGUCCUUAAUACAGCUUUGGUGAGUAGAAAGGCCAGCACAGAGUAACCUUGCACAGAACCAAAGGAGAGCUACAAACAUUGCUUUGUAAUGUGAAUUUCUGAUUUGUAUAUAUUUGAGCAAAUAAAGAGGUGAAAUGA